AUGAAGAGGUCGUCUGAGGACGCGCCAGACGCAUCAGCAGAUCGUCUGACGUGUGCCGAGCGUUGGGAGAAGAUUUGGGAGCAACGAGAGCGAGACGAAGGUCGUCUAGACUCUUGGAUAACAAACGAGGAAGCGUUCGAGAUCCGAUUCUCCGGAGCCCUGUCAGACGGCGGUUCAGCAAGUGAUGGUGACGAUAGCGAUACCAACGAAGCGUCGGCCGAACACCUACAAGAACCACGAGGUGAAACAAAGGUGAUAAACAUAGCAACGUGGGUUCAGCUGGUGUCUGGUGUUGGAGAUGGCGCAUCAAAUACAAUGACGAGGGAAACCACGAUUGUAUCGGAUGGCAGCCGUCCAAGUGGCGACUCAUCAGCCUCUUACAUUGCGACUAGUAAAAACGAAGGCACGACCACCGUUCCAGAGGAGAUACACGGUUCGUUAAAGGUGCUGGACACGGUUGCGAGCGUUCGUUUGGGGCCUGGAGUCAAAGCCACGCCAGCGGAGGGGGCGGUAGUCACGUUGGACGAAGGGUACAUAUCAGUAGCCCACGUGUUGACAACCGAAGAUAACGAAAUCUUGGAUGACACCGGUAGGGACUAUGUGAAGCUACCGCGCGACUACCGAGGAUUCGUUGUGUCUUUUGGCGGAUCAGCCAAGACCGAUCAAUAUGGUGGUCAUAGUAGCUGUUCUUGGAUAUUAUGGAGCCUCCCUGAAUGGAAGAUAGUGAUCGCUGCGAACGCUUGUCUCCUGUCCACCACGGUGAACCUCGCUGCAUACACUGGGAUGAAUAACGGUCUCAAGGCAGCUUUAGCACACGGUGCCGAGGAUUUAGUCGUUGUGGGCGACUCAAGGCUUCCGACUCCACAGUCACUAGGGGCAGGUCAAAAGGGGUCUCUGGUGAUAUUGCUGAACACUCACAAACAGCUUACGCCACCGAGGCUCUCGAGUCCAAGAUUAGCAGGGUCGUGCUUGCUGAAGCUCGUAAAUCCGAAUUGGCUACCCUAA